AGCACUUAAAAUAUUUUUUAUUAUUUCAUAGUUGUGCUUUUCCGAAAAAAAUUGCGUGAUCGAUAGAAAAUCACUCUACGUGAAAUAAUGCAAUUUUAUUGUUGAAAAAGACAGUUUUACAAAGAAUUUCGACGUAUCGGACGUUGUCCGAAAUUUGUGUACGAAAGAUGUGUAAGAAACUUUGCAGACUGACACACGAAAUUGCCUCAACACCGAUACAAAUAAUACUCCACUUAAUCGGUUAAGUCUCAAUUUAUUUCUUCGCGAGUCAAUGCCAGAUUCAUUUGCUCGAAUCAGACUUAAACUUAUCAGCUUAAUUCUUUCCUCAACCAACCGAUCUGCAUCUGAGUUUCACGACGCUCAUCGUCGAAGAUUACAUCGCGAAUCCGCUUUUUUCAUCGAGAGCUCGAUGAGAUAGUCACGAGCUAUGAUCAUGGCGCAAGCAUCCGAACCAGCGCCGGUGCAUUGCUACACCAAUCCAUCGUUCUGUCGUCAAUCGGAGUACAUCCCGGACGAUCAUGUCAACGACCUGCCGCCGCCACCGCAGCAGUUUCAAGGAGGCGAUGAUUUGCCGCCGCCUCCGCCGCCGCAGCAAUUGCAAUUGCCCGCCGCGGGUCAGAGCAAUCCGGCUUUCCAGGCACCGCCGGAGACGACGUUAGACGACGGAUUGCGGGGCCGAUAUUGUUAUCUGGAAAAUAAUCGCGUCCCUUCCGCUCACAGGAGAUACGCCAGUCUUCCGGUGGAAGAGCCUCGCGUGACUUAUAGCCAGUCCUCGCGAUAUGAAUACACGCAGCAGGACGAGAGAGACCGGUUGCCGCGCGAGGUUGCCUCCUCGAGGUACGAGUUCAUUCCGCAGCAGCAGGUGCAACAACGUUCCGCACCGGCGGCCAACCAAGACGAUCGAGGAGGGUCGCAGACGCGGACGUGCCGUGGAAAUGCCGGUAGAUAUGCCAUUAUACCGGGUGACCAGGACUACCAGGAUUAUCAUGACGAUCCGCAAUGGAGCGGCAACGUCAAAUCGGCAUCGCGACACAUCAACACCCCGCAGGGUCGUUACACUAGAGUGCCUGUGCAAGAAGAAAUUCCUCCGGCACUUCCCGAGAGAAACAUGCAAGAACUCUCGAUGUCGCCAAAAAAUAACUUAGCUACGCAGAAAUUGCAUGAAAUAUUAUCGACGCCCAGGAAACCGAGAUCAAGAUCCGAAGAGAGGACACUGUCGCCGAAGAGACAACAGUCUUUUAAUCAAACCAGCACGCCGCAGAGAAGGGCACUCACACCUGGCGAAUCUCCGAAUGGUCGCACCUUCAGUCCAACGCGCACAACUCCUCAAGGUACGCCUCAGAGUCGAGGCUUCUCACUCACAGGACCCCAGACGUCGACGCCCAACAAGGAAUCGUCAGCUCGCAGAUGCCUUCCUCUGUUGGAGAACUCAUCCCGUCAGCAGGAUGUUUGUCCAGCCAAUAAUUGCGGCCGGCUUCGUUACGUGGGUACCGCACCGGUUGAUUUAAUGAACCUGAGUCACAAUGAACCGCCGCCUCGCUACGUUUAUGCGGAAAACGGCCUGGAGUCCAUGCCGAUGAUGUCCGGUUCGCCCAGAUAUCAUGUGAUGCCCGCCGACCAGAAAAACUAUCAAAGCGUUGAGAGCGCGUUUAUGGCGCGCACCGCCGUUGUACCACCGUUAUCUCCGCCAAACAGCGACGUGAAUACUACUUUGGCGAGUGGUAUGGAGAAAGGCGAGAGAAAAAGCGCGCCGAUUCUACUCAUACUAGUCGGUUUUCUGACCUGUGGUCUCGCUCUCUACCUAUCCUCGUCGCAAGGAAGAAGAUACUACUUUGAUAGCGCAGUCGGCUGCGGUGCCUGCUGCGCUUUAGCGGGUGCAUGCAGGAGUUUACGAAAGACUUGGACAGGACUUGGUCUAGCUGGGCUGGCGGCACUAAGCUGUGCCGGUCUUCUGCUACUAGCAGCUAAAUCUCCGAAGGACGGCACACCACUCCACGACAUCACAGCCGGCGCUUUAUGCGGCGUGUCAGUUUUAGGCGCUGGCCUUGCCCUGUUGGCUCUUUUGAAGCCGAGAUGCAGUUUCGGACGUCACAGACGAGUGCAUUCUUGGAUACCACGAUUUUCACCUUAGCUUACCGUCGAUGAUUUUUAUCAUAAUUUAUUCAUCUUAGAAUUAUUGUCCUUUCAUUAGAAGGAUAUUUAAAAAUAUAAUUACGUAAAAUAAAAAAUCCAAGAAAUACUCGUGAAAAAUAUUUGAGAAGUAAUA